CAUAUGGAAGACGAAAUUGCUACUCGACUUGAAAAACUUGAUGCCCCUUCCCUACACCUGGACAUUGGCAAACCACAGACUUUUCUCUUUGCACUAUAAGAGGCUUCAUGGGCUCUGUGUGAAUUAUACUUGAAGGGACAAAGACUCACCUAAAUAGACAUUUGUUCUACUUCCCAACAAAUAACCACUUUGUGCGACUCAAAGACUUAAAGACUUUCGUCGCAUGGGAGAGCAAGGACUAGAUAUUUAGCAUUCUUUGAUCUACCUGCAUUCUUUCUCCAACCUCCCAAACAUCCUAGGGCUAGGAAAUCGAGCCUAAGAAAAGGCGAGGUAAAACAGCGGGGACAUUGUGUUCCAACUCCUGCCAAAACCCCUGCCACCCGAAACACCAACCAGCGGGCAACAUCAAAGACCAAACACUCCAACCGCCUCCCUCCUCCUCCUUACCCUCCAAAACUAAAGCAGAGACCUAACAGUUGUGGGUGAGAGAGCAGAGAAACAGAAGGAAUACUAACAAACGAACUGCGGGAAAGUGCAAGAGAAAUCGAGGGCAAAGAUUUGAGAUCACGCCUUCGGGACUGCCAUGGUGCGAGGUGGCGGUGCGGCUAUAGCGCCGCCCUGCUGGGGCCUGUGGGCGGUGGGUGCCCUUUCGCUGGCGACCCUGUGUCUGACGGAGGAGGCCAUCCGCUGCCCCGUGUGUUCCGAGGAGCGGCUGGCCAGCUGCCAACUGCCUGAUGGCAGCUGCGAAGAGACGGUGAGGGAGGCGGGCUGCGGCUGCUGCCCCACCUGCGCCCUGGCCAAGGGGGUGCACUGCGGCGUCUACUCGCCCCGCUGCGGCACGGGGCUCCGCUGCUACCCACCGCGGAAUGUGGAGAGGCCCCUCCACUCGCUCAUGCAUGGCCAGGGAGUGUGCACCGACGAGAGGGAUGUGGAAGAGAACUCAGGUGAGACAAGAGGGAAGGAACAGGAUGAGAUCAUCCCUGAGCACCCCAAUAACAGCAACAUCCGCUGCAGUCCCCAGGACAAGCGCUGCAUCCAGAAGACCCUGGCCCGCCACCCUGCCAAAUCCACCAAUCAGAGAAGCAAUAACGCCAGGGAGGACCCAAAGGCUGUUCCUCAGGCUCCAUGUCGUGCUGAGCUGCAGAGAGCGCUGGACCGACUGGUGUCCAACACUCGCACUCACGAGGAUCUCUACAGCAUCCCCAUACCCAACUGUGACAAGAACGGAGACUUCCAUGCCAAGCAGUGCCAGCCAGCACGUGACGGGCAGCGGGGAAAGUGCUGGUGUGUCGACCAGAAGACGGGCAUGAGGCUGCCGGGGCCCCUGGAGCUGCGGGGGGAACUGGACUGCCACCAGCUAAUGACUGCAACCAUGAGAGAGUGAGGAGGGGACCGGCGGGGCCCCUGGGGGGCCAGGGCUAGGGCUUAGGGCCAGCCAAAUUCUACUGGUGCUGUUUAGUUACAACUAUGGAAGGAAAGGACUUAACCCUAAAGCCUCACUUCACGUGAGGCUAACGGUACUUGCUUGAUAUGAAAAAGAUAAAAGGAAACCAUAGAAUUGAGUUAUUUUAUUAUUGUUUGUUUCCGUGUGUGAGUGUAUGUCUGUAUGCAUCUUUUUGAGCACAUGUGUGUUUUACGAUUCGGUGAAGUUGGGAAGAUGCUCUUGCUUUAAAUAACAGGUGGCAAACAACAGGCCCCCGAAUAAAAGUGUUGUAAUCAUUCUU